CUAAGCCCGGUGGAAACAGAGCAGGCUAACGUGGGGUUAAAAUGCAGGGCACAAGUAGGGAGGAGUUAGACACGACAGGGAAAGCUCAGGCAAAGGGGGAACUGGAGAGAACAACAGCCGGUUUGAUCAGCCUGCAGCUUUCUCCCUGCACACAGACAGCGGGGGGGCUUGCCGGCGCGGCUGAACAAUACCCCAGCACUUGCCGGAGCCCUGGGAGAAGCCCCUCUUUCCAGACAGCAGCAUUGCCGCUCCAGGAGGUCGCUCUGGUUUUACGAGACAGUUUGUGCUUCUGGGCCCUCGGACCUGAUCCCCCACCCGGCUCACGUGGUGUCAAUAACGAGGCACUGGUGUAUGAAGUCAGAGGCUGGAUGCUUCCUGCCAGGGGCAUGAAUGAGACAGAAAGGCCUGGGGUCGGGGCUCAUCCCCUGCUGGGAUAAGGACACCCCCGGGGAGCAGCCAUGGCUGCAGGGCCGGGGGCAGAGGGGGUCCUGGACCUGCAGUUUCAGAUCCAGGUGGAGCAGUCGGUGUGCCCCGCUGGGCUGACGGAGCAGCAGGUCUCAGCUGGGCCCGAGCCAGAUGUGGGAUUGGAGCGGUCGGGCGGGCUGCCUAUUGUGGUGCAGUCCGGCACCAUUGGGGAGCUGCUGAGAUGGGUGGCGCCGCAGCAGGCCCAGUAUGCGUCGCAGAAGGAGAUGCUGCAGCACUGGGAGGACGUCUGGCAGGAGGUGCUGCAGGCUCUGCGCAUCCUCCCGGAGGUGGGGCCGGCUCCAGCCUGCGCCCUCAGGCAUGGAGAACCAGAGCUGUUGCCUCCUCCCGGAGUUGUGCCAGCACCGACUUGUGCACAUAGGUGUGAAAACCCCACCUCCCAGGGGGACAGUGAGUCACCCAGGGGUCUGGAGCAGGCUGGGAUCGAGCUGCUGGAGGAGACGGCACCGUGUCGAGAGGAGCAGCUGUCAGCCACGCAGACCCCUGCCGAGGUUAAGCCAACUCCAGCACCUGCAUGGAGAACCCUGGAGCUGCCACAGCUGGCCCCAGAGGACGAUAUCGAGGCCUAUCUGGCCACCUUUGAGCAGGUGGCUGACGCCUGCCAGUGGCCGAGAGGGGAAUGGACAACCCGACUGGAGCUGUACCUCACCGGGAAAGCCCAGUUGGCCUAUGGCAGCCUGGACAUCACAGAGACAAGUGACUAUGGGAAGGUGAAGGCCACCAUCCUGCAUCGCUAUGGCAUCAGCCCAGAGACACAGCGCAGGCGCUUCAGGGAAUUCUGCUACCAGGAGGCCGAGGGGCCCCGGGAGGCUUACAGCCGCCUCCGGGAGCUCUGCCAUCGCUGGCUGGAGCCGCAGAGCCGCACCAAGGAGCAGAUCUUGGAGCUGCUGAUCCUGGAACAGUUCCUGACCAUCCUGCCGGAGGAAAUGCAGGACUGGGUCUGGGAAUGUGGUCCUGAUACCGGCGCCCAAGCGGUGGCCCUGGCAGAGGGGUUCCAGGUGGGGCAGCCAGAGGCCCAGUGGCUGGGGCUACAGAUGCCAGUGCAGUUCAAGGACGUGGCUGUGACUCUGACUGAGGCAGAGUGGUUGCUGUUGGAUGAGGAGCAGAGGCAGCUGUAUGAGACUGUCAUGCAGGAGAAUUACCGGAGCAUUAGCUCACUGGGUUGUCCGGUUCGCAAACCCGCCCUGAUCUCUCAGCUGGAGCGAGGGGAGGAGCCGUGCAUCCCAGAUCCCCCAGCCCCUGAGGAGCAGGAGACCCAGAGGGACGUCCCAACAGACACCGAGGAGCUGGCUGUGCUGCACCCGCCCCCUCCCCUGAGCAGGGAACAGCUGUCCCCUCCUGUGUGCCAGGAACAGCUGCCCCCUGCUCCUGACAGGGAACAGCUGCCCCUUCCUGUGUGCCGGGAACAGCCGCCCCCUCCCCUGAGCAGGGAACAGCUGCCCCCUCCUGUGUGCCAGGAACAGCUGCCCCCUCCCCUGAGCAGAGAACAGCCGUCCCCUCGUGUGUGCUGGGAACGGCCGCCCCCUCCCCUGAGCAGGGACCAGCCGCCCUCCACUCCUGGCAGGGAACAUCCAUCCCCUCCUAUGCACAAGGAACAGCCACUCUCUCCUCUGUGCAUGGAACAGCUGCUUCCUGCCCUGCCCAGGACACAGCCACACCCCACUCUCCGCCAGGCACAGCAGCCCCCUCUGUCGUCGCCCGUCAAUUCCUGCUGCAAGAACCUGAUCAUGGGAGGCUCCCCCACUAGCAAUAGCCUGCCCCAGUCUAAGAGGUGCAACCAGUGCCCUGAGUGUGGCCGGGGCUUCAGACAGAGCUCAGACCUGCAGCGGCACCGGCGCAUCCACACGGGAGAGAAGCCUUUCCACUGCCCGGUGUGCGAGAAGAGCUUCCGGCUGCAGUCCAACCUGAUUGUGCACCACCGUACGCACACUGGGGAGCGGCCCUACCAGUGCGGGGAGUGCGGCCGCGCCUUCUCGCAGAGUUCCACCCUCCGGACCCACAGUAAGAUCCACUUGGGCCAGAAACCCUAUGUUUGCUCUGUGUGCGGCAAGAGCUUCCACCACAACUCAAAUCUUGUCCUCCACCAACGCACCCACACUGGCGAGCGGCCCUAUGAGUGCAGUGUCUGCGCCAAGCGCUUCAGUGACCGCUCCACUCUGGCUCAGCACCGACGCGUCCACACGGGUGAGCGCCCCUACACCUGCUCCGAGUGUGGCAAGUGCUUCAGUCAGGCCUCACACUUGGUCAAACACCGACGCACCCAUGCAGUCCCCUGCACUGUGCUGGCCAGGGACACAGCUGUCCCCCAAAACAGGCCUGGCACAGGGGAGAAGAGAGACACUCCUAGGCACAGACCAGACAGUGGGGUGGAAAGAGCCACCCCCAGAGACAGGCCAGACGAGGACAGAGCUCCUCCCAGACAUGGGCCGGGAAUGGGGGAUGAGAGAGCCACUCCCCAAAAUGGCCCUGGCACAAGAGAGGAGAGAGACACCCCCAGACAUGGGCUGGGCACAGGGGAGGAAAGACAGCAUGGAAAGAUGUGCUGUCUCUGAAGAUGUUUUGGCAGGGAGAAGGAGAGAGAGGCCUCAAAAGACACAUCAGCCACAAGGAAGGACGCAGCUACCACCAAUCACACACCGGCAUAGGUACGGAGAAAGCAGCAACAAAAAUCACGUUGGCUGCAGGGAAGAAAAGGUUGACCCCCAAACCUGGGGCUGAUGAGAGGAGAGCUGCCCCUCAAAAUGGCCCGGGCAGGGGGAGGACAGAGCCACCCCAGGCCAUGCCGCAAAGAAUGCCAAACAAAAGAUGCACCAGCGGUGGAUGAGGAGAGAGCAACCCUGAAAGAUGCACUGAGGGCAGCGAAAGACAAAGCAGCAACAAAAGAUGCAUCAGUAGAGGGGAAGGGAGAGUCACCCAGAAACUUGCUUCAGAGGGAGAGGAGAGAGAGGCCUCAAGAGACACAAUGGCCAUGGGGAAGGGGAGAGCCACCCCCAAACCCGCACUGGCCAUGGGGAAGGGGAGAGCUGCCUUGAAACGUGCUCCAGGGACACAAGGCCCAGACUUCAGGGGAGCCCUCUCAUGUCACUGCAUGGUAUGGACAGGGAUGACUCAUGGGGGGCAGAGACUGUGGGGAGCCCUGUCACUGAGCAGUAGGGUUGGGGCUGGCUCGUAGGAACAUGCAUUAAGCUGGGGGUUCACAGACCAGGUGUGAAACCCCAUCAAUGUGCAGGAGGGCAGUAAUGCCAAUGCCAUAAGCUCACACUUAGGCAGCAAUGGAGAAGCCGGCCUGGCGUGGGAUGCACUAACGGCUCGGAGAGGAUGGGCAGCACGAAGGCACUUCUGGCACCGCAGAGAGGCCCUGCUGGACCCGGAGCUGGUGGAGCGAAUGGCUGGCACUUAACAUGCAACUACAGACAUCUCUGUGGGGGGAGCUAAAACCUGCUAAAAACAGAAAUAUGUUCAGGUUCUUGCCAGAAAUGGUCUGUUAUCAGGUGUUUGGUUUUCCAACAGAAAGUAGCUCUGUAGUGCAGUGAGUGGAUGUCCCCUCCCCAAGUCCCCCAGAGCACAAUUGUAGAGGUGUCCAGGAUGAGUGGGGGACGAUGUUACAGAGGUGGCAAAAGGGACUGUCACAGGGUCACUCACCACAUAGGCGCCUCCUGCUGGCCAUUUUGGGAAUUAGCUCAGUCCCAGCAGGUGCGCCCUCGGGUGGUGGUGGGUCUCCCGUCCUCGUCUCUGCUUGCAGGCCCGGUAUGGCUCCUUUCUGCUCGGCAUCUAUUUUGUGGCACAGCCCCCUGGCUGUGUCACCAUCCGUUUUCCCCCCCUUCUGGGGAACUCGUCCAACAAGAGUCCAGCCACUCCUCGCAGUGGCUUGGCAGUCCACAGCUGGGCCACUCUUUCAGCAGCUAGUGGGGGGGGGCAGGCCCUCCCACUCCUCCGGGCCCCAGCCCAGGGACCCUGCAAACAGCAGCUUCUUGGUGCCUCUUCCUGCCAGCCCACUGUCUCUAUUCCCUGAGCCACUUCCCGCAGCCUCAGUUCCUUCUGCUCCUGCCUCUGGCUCCAGCUCAUGUGCCCUCUUCCCAGAGCCUUGAGCCUGUAAAUCCUGGCAGCCCAUCAGGAGCUCUCCCUAGCUUCCCCGGUCCCUGCUAGCACCUGCCCUUCCCCAGGUGCUGGUCUCUCUGUAGCCAGUGUGGGGCAGGUCCCCUGUCACAGGGACAUACAGAGGAUACACCAUCUUUCUCCUGCUCUUAAGCAGAGGGGACCACUGGGCCCUCUAAGAUACCUCACAGGCAUCCACAUCACCAGCAUCAGCAGAGCUUCCCAGUUACGAGAGCAAGCAAACCAUUUGCUUUCUAAAUAAAUUCAUAGCCUAGGCUCCACAAUAACCUUAACUCUGACCCCAACCCAACUCAUGAGACUAUGAUACCAUGUGUCAUGACAUACUAGUGGCUUAUGAAGCUUCAGGGAGUAAGUGAGGCUGUUCUCAUGCUGCUUCUGCAUGUGCCUGAAUUGAGAGGUGAGGUGUUUGGGUUUGUUGCUGUCGCUGAGGCUGAAGUGGACACAGGGUCCAUGCAGAGGCCGGUGGGUUGUUGCUUCGAUCUACAACACAGUUGUUGAUGGAAUUUCCAAUGUGAGUAUCCAAAUCCUUCAAUUCAGAGCUAAGAUUGUUUUGAGGACCCUUAACUAUGUAUUUCUUGACUUUCAAAACUUUAUACUGCAGUAUGUGCAGAACCUGGCUAAGAGAUGGCAAUACAAGGACGAUUGUGAGGAGGACAUGGACACAGACGUUCCUGAAAGCACGGGAUGUGGCAACUGGGACAUCAUGGUGGCAGUGGGGCUGGCUGAUACAGUGGAACGUCGAUUCUGGGCCCGUCAAACAAGCACAGACUGGUGGGACUGCAUAGUGUUGCAGGUAUGGGAUGAUUCCCAGUGGCUGCAAAACUUUCGCAUGCGUAAGGCCACUUUCCUGGAACUCUGUGAGUUGCUUUCCCCCACCCUGA